AUGAAUAUAAAUUUAAAUGAAACUUUUAUCAUUCCCCAUUCAAAUGAAAUUAAAGAGUGUAAUUAUUAAUUAUUGUAAUAAAAUUGUAUAAAAUAAUAAGAGUCAUGUUAUGCAUUGGCUUUUAAUAAUGAUUCAUCUAUUUUAAUUGCAGGUAGUCAUUCUAAAAUUAGAAUAUAUAAACUUAUAAAUGAAGAGUUAAAAGAAUAGUAAAUUGUUUCUGAACAUAAGGAUGAUGUUAGUUGUUUAUAGUUUAUGAAAAAUAGUAAUCAUUUUAUAUCAGGAAGCAAAGAUUAAUCAAUAAUAAUAUGGGCAAUAGAUAGUAAUAAUUAAUGGUUUUGUAAAUAAAGACUGAAUGAUCAUACUGAAAGGAUUACUUGUUUAAUUAUAGUUAAUAAUGAUGAUCUACUGAUUUCCAGUAGUUGGGAUAAAUCAAUUAAAUUCUAUAAUAAAACAGAUUAAUGGGAUAUUUUAUAGACUGUUACAGAACAUACUGAAUAGGUCUGGAGUAUAAGUUUAAAUCCAUCUUAAAAUAAAUUAAUUACAUGUGGAAAUGAUAGAACUAUUCUUGUAUUAGAACAAAAAAAUAAAUAAAUAAAUUGGAUUGUAGUAUAAAGGAUAAAUCUAGAAGUAAGAGGUUAUAGAAUUUGUUUUAUAAAUGAAAAUACAUUCGCUUUUUAACCAUGGAUUUCAAAAUUAAUGAAUAUCUAUUAAUUUGAUGAAAAUACUAAUCUAUUUUAGAAAAAGAAAGAUGUAAAAGUAAGCUCAGGUAAUAGUUGUGAUUACUUAUCACCUUUAUUGUAUAUAUCAAAUUAAUCAUUAAUUGUAAAUAAAAACGGUUUUCACAUUAAUUUUAUUAGAAAAUAUUAGGAAGAAGAUUACUUAACAGAAUUAUCAAUUCCAUUUGAUACUAAUUAUAUUUAUUUAUCAAUUAGUAGAGAUGGCCAAUAUUUGGCUACUUGGGAUAAUUUAACAUAGUAAAUUUAAAUUAGAAAAUGUUAUUGA